AUGUCAGGAGCUCAAGGUGCUCAGCCGAAGGGAUCAAGAACGGCGACGACAUACGAAUCGGUAAGCGGCGGCGAGAACAAGACCAGAACCGAGCUCCGAUCAAGCGAGGAUGCCGGAAUGAUCCAGAUCGACAAGGUUCAGGACAAAGUUGAGGACGCCGCUGGAAAAGGCGGGCCCGUGUUCGGAGCCGGGAAGGACGAAGGGAAGAAGUCUGACCUUGGAGUCACUGGCACCGGAUGAGGAUCGCCUUAAUGCAUGAUGAUCUGUGAAACUGGAUACUUGCUUGUUUUAUGUGUGUAAUGGUUUGUAAUUUAGGGAGAUGAUGUGGCUCUUGAUGUCUUUGUUGGAAAUUUGAGAGGAGAUGAGAAGAUAAUAUUUUUCUA